UGGGCUAGGAAGCCUAGUUUAUGGGCUAUCAGCUGGAUCAGAAAACACGUAGGAUUUGAGCGGGCUACGAUCUCUUGGUUGGUUGUCUCGAUCCAUGACUUUAUUAACUGGAAGAUUGCUGCUCAUUGUAGUAGCAGAGACGGAGAAUAUGGGUCAAGUUCAAAGCGAGGCAGCCACAGUGGACCAACAAGGCCACUGGGUCUCCUCUGCUGUACCAGCUUCUCCCUCCUUUUCUUCCAUGGACUCUCUUGUCGCAGAAGCUGCUGCAUAUGGCAAUGAUGGGAAUGAGUCUCUUGAUGCCAAGGCUCAGAAGGCACUGGAAUGCCCUUGCAUAGCUGACUUACGAAGUGGCCCUUGUGGGCUUCAGUUUGCAGAUGCUUUUGUCUGUUAUCUUAAGAGUACGGUGGAAGAAAAGGGAUCAGAUUGCGUGCAUCCAUUUGUAGUUUUGCAGAAGUGUAUUAAAGCUAAUCCUCAUGCCUUUUCGAAAGACGUUUUAGAAGAAGAUGAAGUUAAGAAAGAGGAAAAGCUGACACAGGAUUACAAAAUCACCCCCCCAAAUUGGGCCAGGGAACCUCCAAGUCCAAAAUCCAAGCUUUAGGAGAAAGAUCUAAACUUCAUUUUUAUUUCCCUCGCAACAAGCAGUAGUCAUUGAAUUUUUUAUUAUAAAUAAAGUUGGCCUUCACUGGAGAUGCUCAAGCAGGUUUUUGGAAUGAUUCUUCAGCAUUCUUCCACACAUA